CAGCGGCCCGGAGGCCGCCCCGCCGCGGGGAUGAAGGGACGCGGCUGCUGGGAGACGGCCUCCGUGCGCGCCUUCUGCAGCUCCGGCUGCCUGAAUAAAUUUAAGAAGGAUGACUCUGGGGACGACGAGGAGACUGCCUCCCCCACUGACAAGAGCGAGCUGCACCACACCAUCAAGAACCUCUCCUUGAAGCUAGACGACCUCAGCACGUGCAAUGACCUCAUCGCCAAGCACGGGGCGGCGCUCCAGCGCUCCCUGACCGAGCUGGACGGCCUCAAGAUCCCAGCCGAGAGCAGCGAGAAGCUCAAGGCGGUGAACGAGCGGGCCACCCUCUUCCGCAUCACGUCGAAUGCUAUGAUCAACGCCUGCAGGGACUUCCUGGAACUAGCGGAGACACACAGCCGGAAAUGGCAGCGGGCGUUGCAGUAUGAGCAAGAGCAGCGUGUCCAUCUGGAGGAGACCAUUGAGCAGCUAGCCAAGCAGCACAACAGCCUUGAGCGGGCGUUCCGCAGUGCUCCCGGCCGGGCCUCCAACCCUGCCAAGAGCUUCAGUGAGGGAAGCCUCUUGACUCCCAAAGGAGAAGACAGUGAGGAAGAUGAAGAUACCGAGUACUUUGACGCCAUGGAAGACGCCACGUCCUUCAUCACCGUGAUCACGCAGGCCAAGGAGGACAGAAAAGCUGAGGGUGGGACAGGGACAGGUCCUGUGGACUGGACCUCGCCUGACAAUAUGCUAGAUGGCGCUUCACUUGUGCCCAAGGAAGCCCCCAAAGUCAAGAGGCGUGCCCGCAUCCCCGACAAGCCCAACUACAGUCUCAAUCUGUGGAGCAUCAUGAAGAACUGCAUCGGCCGGGAGCUUUCCAAAAUCCCCAUGCCGGUCAACUUUAACGAGCCCCUGUCCAUGCUCCAGCGGCUGACAGAGGACCUGGAGUACCACCACCUGCUGGACAAGGCGGUGCACUGCACCAACCCAGUGGAGCAGAUGUGCCUGGUGGCGGCCUUCUCCGUGUCCUCCUACUCCACCACUGUGCACCGCAUCGCCAAGCCGUUCAACCCCAUGCUGGGGGAGACCUUCGAGCUGGACCGCCUUGAUGACAUGGGCCUGCGUUCCAUCUGUGAGCAGGUGAGCCACCACCCACCAUCGGCCGCGCACUAUGUGUUCUCCAAGCACGGCUGGAGUCUGUGGCAGGAGAUCACCAUCUCCAGCAAGUUCCGGGGGAAAUACCUCUCCAUCAUGCCGCUAGGUGCCAUCCACUUAGAAUUCCAGACCAGUGGGAAUCACUACGUGUGGAGGAAGAGCACCUCAACGGUGCAUAACAUCAUUGUGGGCAAACUCUGGAUUGACCAGACAGGGGACAUCGAGAUCGUGAAUCAUAAGACGAAGGACCGAUGCCAGCUAAAGUUCUUGCCCUACAGCUACUUCUCCAAAGAUGUAGCUCGGAAGGUGACAGGAGUGGUGAGUGACAGCCAGGGCGAGGCUCACUACGUGCUGUCAGGCUCGUGGGAUGAACAGAUGGAGUGCGCCAAGAUUGUGCAAAGCAGCCCGAGCAGCCCCAGCUUGGAAGGGAAGCAGAAGACAGUGUACCAGACGCUGCCAGCCAAGCUGCUGUGGAAGAAGUACCCACUGCCGGAGAACGCGGAGAACAUGUACUACUUCUCGGAGCUGGCCCUGACCCUCAACGAGCACGAGGACGGCGUGGCGCCCACCGACAGCCGCCUGCGGCCCGACCAGCGGCUGAUGGAGAAGGGGCACUGGGACCAGGCCAACGUGGAGAAGCAGCGGCUGGAGGACAAGCAGCGCCUGUCGAGGCGCCGCCGGCUGGAGGCCUGCUCUCGGGGCUGCAGCGGCUCUGAGGAUGCAGAAAAGGAGGUCGAUGUGUACAUGCCGCUGUGGUUCGAGAAGAGGCUGGACCCGCUGACCGGGGAGAUGGCCUGCAUGUACAAGGGCGGCUACUGGGAGGCCAAGGAGAGGCAGGACUGGCACAUGUGCCCCAACAUCUUCUGAGUGAUACCCGCUCCUGCAAAUACAGGCGCCUGCACAGCCUGGUCCACCUUUUCUUGAAUGCAUUCGACUUAGUACUCAGUGGCCCUUCCCCCCAAGACACACACACUUACCUUUUCUUCUCCCCGCCUUUUAAACAUUUUUUUGUGGGCUCCCCUUGGAAGGAGGAAGUGCUGAGCCAGGUUCUCUCCAGCCCCCAGGUGCCCAUGUUACCUUCACUUACGGACUUGGGCUCCAACCAGACCCCAGCUCCCAGUUACAACUCAGGCAGGCUAGUGGGCCAUGGACCGCCCAUGUCACCAGCCCCCAUCCAGGGAGGAACUGGCCCCUCCUAGGGAGCUGCUUUUGACUUUUUUAGAAAAACUAUCUCCAUUUGUGCCCAGCCAAGAUGUUUUAGUAAAUAUUUUUUAGCACAACACUUAGCAGAAGACUUUCUAAGUGUGCUUUCUUGACACAAAAGUGUCCUGGCAAAAAGCCCCUUCUUUUUAAGACAUCAGGAAACCAGCCAGACCCCUUGAGUUGGGAGUAUUUUCUAGGUCAAUUUAGCAAGCCCACUCCCACCCCGUUUGUAUCUAAGCUGCCUGUGCCCUAAGAGCCCAGAAAGCCCACAGAAAAGGAAACAGGAGCCUCACCCUGGCCCAUGAGAGCACAAUUCAGUUGUCUCCGGAGCUAUAACCCCACCCACCACUAGGGAGGGAAGCUGAAGACAACCAUGUGAAUCUGAGGGCAAGAGCCCUCUGCCUUGCUGGGCAGCCCCAGAGAGACAGGAAAGGGCAGGGGGCAGGGCCUGCAGGUGCUCUCCACCCCAGAACCAGGCUCCAAAUCAGCAAUAAUGAAUAAACUCUUGGCCCAUCCUGGGCUGGUACAGAGACCCAGUUCCCAUUGCAGCCGGGUCUGGAGGACGGUAUCUCAGCACCCCUUGAACUCUUUAUUUGCCUGAUUUAUAUAUAUGACAUAUAAAUAUAUAUAAAAUAACUAUUUUGCUUAAAUUUCUAUGGUCUGUGGAAGUUAAAAAAUGAUGAAGACAGGGUGUCCCUGUCUGAGUUUGGCCCUCCUGUCAGCUGUGCCCUGCCCUCUCCUCAGACCCUGUCCCAAUGGCUUCAGCCAACAGUGGGGGACUGGGCUCUAAGAAAUACAGCGAGGAGCGACCUCUGAGCCAGUGGGUUGCACUCCUAGCCAACUUAAUGGCAGAAGGUGGAGCUUUCCAGGCUCCCCCCUUCCCAAGCCCCAACACACCCAUUACCUGGAUGGUGGUUAAACUGCUGAGCUUUGGGUAGUUAAAACUGCCGGGGCUUUAGCUGUUAAAAUGCUUGUGAGGAGGGUGUCUGUGGAGAAGCCACAGGCCUACCACAGACAGCAUUGGUUUGGACCCAGUCCCUGUUCAGUGGACACUAUCUGGGGUAGGACAGAUGGCAUCUGGCCGCAUGCCAGCCUACAAAUUCUGUCUCUUCCCCCACCUCACCACGCUCCUCCCUCCUCCUCCUCUUUCCCUCUCCCUCCUCUCUCUGUGUAAAUAA